AUGACGAUCGCCGCCCUAGUGCCGGCCGCUCUCCUCAGCAUCCUCGCCUGCGCAGAAGCUUCCAUCACCUGUCUCCAGCCCGGCGCAACCGCAACCGCGACCUGGACCAACAGCGAGAGCAAGACGUGCACGUUCGCCGGCGUGGUCGGGUCCAACUACGGCAGCAACCCCGCCGGUUCGGGCGAUUACAGCUGCAACGGCCGCUGCGGCGCGGGAUGCACCGGCACCGCCGUGGGGAACGCGUACACGCAGGACUGCUUCUCCCACGACAUCUGUUCGUACUUUGAAAACGCCAGCGGCGGAGCGAGUGAUCCCAAUUGCGGAGACGCAUACGACGCGGCGGUGGACGACACGCUUUUCGGCGCGGCGGCAGGGUGCGGGCAGACGAACCCGUCGAAUGCGGUUGAGAAGCCUGCGGCGAGCCCGGUGUGCGCGUGA